GGGACCGUUUUUGCCCGAGUCCAUCCACAUCGGCGACGACCCCAAGCAAGAAUCAAGAGUUCCGUUGGAGACCAAAGCCACGUAGCCUCCACAAUGAACCGCAUCGACAUCAAAAAGCGAAAUGUCGACCACCGAAAGAAGCAGUUCGCGGGUCCUGCGUACAAGGAGACGCAGUAUCCGCACCGCCUAAACUUUUACGCAACACCACCCACCGCCGACAUUACCCUCGAACAGUUUGAGCAAUGGGCGAUAAACAGGCUACGAGUCCUCGCCGAACUCGAAGCAUGUUCCUUCCGCAACAAAACCCCCGCCGAGACGGCCCUGCACAUGAAGCCGCUCCUCGACAAGUACCUCCCGCUAGACGCCACUAGCUCAAACAGCUCGGAGCUGCACCUGCAGCGCCAGCGGGACCACUACAGCCACUUCAUCCUGCGGCUGGCCUUCGCGUCGACCGAGGACCUGCGGCGGCGCUUCGCCCGCGUCGAGACCAUGUUGUUCCGCCUGCGCUUCCAGACGGACGACUCGCGCGAGCGCGCCGCCUUUGUGAGCGGGCUCAACCUCGACUGGGAGCCCGUGUCGGAUGCGGAGAAACGCGAGCUGGCGCCCCAGCUGGCGACUACCAUCGGGUUCGGGUACGGCAAGCGCGCCCAGCAGGUGCUGGACGAGGACUGGUGCAAGGUCGACUGGACGCGCGUGCCUGAUCUAGUGGAGGCGCGCAAGGUGUAUGUCAAGGCGGGCAAGGCGUACGUGCCCGGGAGGGAGCAGCAGAGCAUGGUGUUGAAUGCGUACACGAAGCGGUUGGCGCAGGCGUUAGAGCUCACAGCCCGCGCGCUCCCGCGAUUAGACGAAGACGACCGCCUCGCGCCAAUCCUCGACCACCUCUCCAAGAACUUCGUCGCGCCAGACGCGAGCUACACGGGCUCCGGGGCGGCGAUCGAGGGCGCCGAGAUCACGGCGCGCAACAUGGACAACCUAUCACAGCACUUCCCGAUGUGCAUGACGCACCUGCACCGGUCGCUCCGGCGGGACGCGCACCUCAAGCACUUCGGGCGGCUGCAGUACACGCUCUUCCUCAAGGGCAUCGGGCUCAACCUGGAGGAGUGCCUGGUCUUCUGGCGGUCCGGGUUCAGCAAGAUCACGGACGACACCUUCAACAAGGAGUACCGCUACAACGUGCGGCACGUCUACGGCGACGUCGGCGGCGACUCCAACCGCCGCAGCGGCGGCUACAGCCCCUACAGCUGCCAGAAGAUCCUCACCGAGCACGCCCCGGGGCCCGGCGACGCCCACGGCUGCCCCUACCGCCACUUCUCCCUCGAGAACCUGACCACCCUGCUCCGCGCCUCGGGCGUCGGCGACCGCGCCGUCCUGCAGGGCGUCAAGGAGGAUAAGGACAGCCAGAAGUUUCACAUGGCGUGUAACCGUGUGUUUGAGCAUUUGCACAAGACGGAGAUGAAACGGGCCAAAGAGGAGGGUGUCAUGACGGCGGCGCAGCUCGAGACCAUUGUGCACCCGAACGAGUACUUCAAGCGGAGCUAUCUGCUGAAGAAUAUGGACGGCGGGAAGUCACAAAAGGAGAAGGGGGAUGUCAAGAUGGAAGGGUGAUAGUGAUGGUGAUUGAUGGGAUGGGGAUGGGAUGGGAUGGCUCGGAAGUGAGAGGUGACAAAGUCGUCGAGACCGACCGAAUGGUGGCUCAGGUGGGAGGGUCAGCUGUGUCGGCACCUGACCCCCACCACUUUAUGUUGUGUUGAAAGAGCGUGGGAUGGAUUCGGGAUGGUGGUGUUGUGGUGUCGGAUUUGGUUGGCUUUGGCACCCGUCCCAGGCUGCCGGUGUUGGGCUUUUACAUACAACAUACAGAAUAUAACCGCUGGCAUGUGAAUGCGCAGGGCGUAAGCACGAGGGAAGGGUCAGGCGUUGCCUCACACUUUCAACAAAUGGAACUUAUCAGAUUCCAAUCGGCCUUGG